CAGUCCAAACUCAACAAACCAAACUUACAGAGGGAAGUUUCAGAGAGCUGCGCUGGAAAGAAAAAAAGAAGAAGAAAACACGUUGGAUUAAUCAAAGAGAAUCUGUUUUGAAGAGGAGAGAUCUUGUUUGGACUGGUGGAGGGUCGAAAUGAAAAGCCUGAACCUGAUCCUGCUGGCUUCUUGCCUUUGUUGCCUGAGCACCUUCGGAGGUGCGACUGAGGUCGAGAAGGCUCUGAUCAAGAAGCUUUUUACCAACUACAACCUCAAGGUGCGGCCGGCAGAAAGCCCUGAAAAGAGGGUGGUGGUUCGUAUCGGUAUGGUCCUCUCCUCCUUCGUUGGACUGAAUAUGAAGAAUGAAGAAAUGAGCACCAUUGUUGUCAUGAAUCUGGAAUGGACAGACUAUCGGUUGAGUUGGAAUCCCAAGGAGAAUGAUGGGGUUGAUGUGUUGCGCAUCCCCUCUGGGAAGGUUUGGCUGCCUGACAUUGUCCUCAUCAAUAAUAACGAUGGGACGUUUGAUGUGGCCCUGCACGUCCACGUUCAGGUUUAUCAUAAUGGCAGAGUGACCUGGACUCCCCCUGCACUCUACCUCAGCUCAUGUGGAGUGGAGGUGAAAUAUUUUCCAUUUGACUGGCAGAACUGCACCAUGCAGUUUCGCUCGUACACCUACGACUCGACCGAGAUCGACACAUACGCACUGGACUCAAAAGGCAAGGAGAUCAAGGAGAUCAUCCUGGACGAAGCUUACAGUGAGGGAGGCGAGUGGCACAUCACACACAAACCGAGCAGAAAGAACAUGAAUGACGAUAAUUACGAGGACAUGACCUUCUACCUGAUCAUUGAGAGGAAGCCAAUGUACUAUGUGUUUAACAUCAUCCUCCCCUGCAUCCUGAUCACCAUCAUUGCCAUCUUUAACUUCUACCUGCCUCCUGAUGCAGGAGAGAAGAUGGGUCUGUCCAUCAACGUGUUGCUCACCCUCACUGUGUUUCUGCUGCUGCUGGCCGAUAAGAUCCCCGAGACUUCCCUGGGCGUCCCCAUGAUCGUCAACUACAUCAUGUUCACCAUGAUCCUGGUCACGUUUUCCGUCAUCCUCAGCGUGGUUGUCCUUAACUUGCAUCACCGCUCACCCAACACCCACCAUAUGCCCAGAUGGAUCCGCAUGAUCUUCAUCCACAUGCUGCCUCCUUACCUAUGCAUGCUGCGGCCGAAGGUAGAGAUCCCCCUCUCCCUGGAGACCGUGCCCCGCCGCGAGAAAAAGAUUUUCGCCAUCAGCAAAGGUGCUGAUGAAUACUUCAUACGGAAGCCGGACUCAUCCUUCCUGUUCCCCAAACCCAACAGGUAUCAUCCAGAGGGCAUGUGUACAGAUCUGAGGAAGUUCAUCGACGGCCCCAGCAGCUACCUCACGCUGCCUGACGAGCUCAAGUCAGCCAUAGAAGCCAUCACGUAUAUCGCUGAGGCUCUGCAGGCUGAGAAGGACUAUGAAGCUCUGAGGGAGGAAUGGCAGUACGUUGCCAUGGUGGUGGACCGAAUGUUCCUCUGGAUCUUUGUUGUCUUCACCACUGUGGGCACCUUGGCCAUCUUUGCCAGUGCCAGCUUCAACCACACACCCACUGACCCCUUCAAAUCCACCUGA